AUGGAGGCGGGAUGGAGACGUCCAGCCGUGUCAUUCUGUAUGAAAACAUCCACCUUGAAUGAUUUCAACCGGAACCAGUGGCCCUCAGGGAAGUACUGUAUUUAUCUGCGGGGGAAAACAUGCCCCUCGGGUAUGCGUGACGGUUGGGUCCAGUGGAACGAUGAGAACACCAUCAUCAUUUACAAUAAGAACACGAGGAGGGGGACAUUACCGACAGGGAUUUAUGACCAGGAUACACUUAUCUCAUACUGCUGCAGUGUUCUUGGCUCGACCCAGACUCCCAUCGAUUUCCCGUUGACCUCGCCAUUCUAUCUGAUAGCUUUUGGGAGCAGGGUCUGCCAGUUGGUCAGGAGAGCGAAGGCUAGUCUAGAAUACAUAUAUUACGAAACAGAGUACUCAAAGUUCGUGAUGAAAAAUGAUUAUGGUGGCGCUCAUCCCCAUGGCGUGACGAGAGACCCGCAAGGGCACAUGAUCUUCGACUGCUAUUAUAGACGUAAGUUGCAAGUCAUACUCUGA